UGACAGGCGUCUUAGAAUAGGAUGGCCGAUUCUUGUUCUGCGGUAAAUACGGGAAGAAGCUCCUCAUUCUGUUUUUACGGGCCCUUCAGGUGAACAGAAGGUGACAGAAGUAGGUCUUCCUGUAGCAGAAUUCGCCAUGAAACCUGUCAUGCGAUGAACAGCCCUUUACCAGACAGAGUCGGUGGACAUUGGGGAGCAAGAGGAUGACGAAGACCCUAAAGAUGAAAUUUCUUUAAUGAGACGACGACAAACUCGACUUAUCAUUGGAGUGCACUCAAGCUACUAGACUAGAAAUAGAUAACAAGGAUACAGCAGAAGAAGUUUUGAGUGCCACAACAGAAGCCAUUUCCAGCAGAUCCAAAGGUAUGAAGAAGACGGCUCACAACACGAAAGGUAUAGCGUGGGAAGUCAAAAUCGAUGCCGGUUAUGAGACUUUGGUCGGUUUGCAGUUGUCCGCCUCUGGGGUUAUGGAGACGACGAACGUGACCACUGAAAACAGAUUCCUCCGUCAAGUUGCCUCUGGGAAUCAAAAAUGGCCCGUUUCUGGUGGUGUCAUGUCUCCUCUUCGUCUCGAGAUUUAGAAGGACUGGGCUUCUCUUGAUUUUAAGAACGGUGCGACAGCUUCUACCAGAAGCAGCAGCCGGAAUUUUUAGUGAAAACAGGUGCUCGUGUCGGCGGGAUCUCCAUCUACAAAUGAAGGUGAACCCAGAGGAACUGGCAUUGAGAGCAGACGUUUCUUUGGUUGUGGGAGCCGUAGGUCGGACUCGCCAUGGCUAUUGAAAUCUGCUUGGAGGACAGGAAUGGCACGCAGUAUUUGCUACAGAACUUUAUGUUGUAUCAUUCAUUUCUCACAUGGAAAAGUGAAAGAAGCUCG